AUGUCGUCGCCCAACAGCCAAAUUCCCUUCUCUGAGCCUUCCUGGCUCGCAGGCUUCCCUUCUCCCUACUACAAAGAGACACACAGGAGAUGGCAGAAAGCUUGUCGCGCGUUCGUGGAGGAGCACCUGCUCCCAUAUGCCAUGGAAUGGGAACGCGAGGAGACAGUGCCGGACCACCUGUUCCAGACCUUUAACAAACACAACAUGCUGAUUCCCAACAUGUCAUCCCCCCUACCUGUGGACUGGCUGAAGAGAUUGGGUAUUCACGACAUCCUGGGAACGCCCGUUGAAGAGUGGGACUAUCUACAUAGUGGAAUAUACUGGGAUGAGAUGUCAAGGUCAGGGCUCGGUGGCCCUGGUGGUUCAAUGACAGCUGGACAUACCUUUGGCAUCCCUCCUUUACUCAAGUUUGGCAGCAAGGCUCUGCAAGAGAAAUUUCUCCCUGAAUUACUUCCUGGCAAAAAGCGUACCUGCAUCGCCGUCACCGAGCCUGGGGCAGGGUCCGAUGUUGCCAACAUUGCAACCACGGCUGUGAAAACGCCCGACGGCAAGCACUACAUUGUCAACGGGGAAAAGAAAUGGAUCACCAAUGGAUUUUGGUCUGACUAUGCCACCAUGGCCGUCCGAACCGGAGGGCCUGGUGCCGGAGGCCUCAGUGUGAUUGUAUGUCCACUGAAGGGCUAUCCAGGCGUGACAAUGCGACGACUCAAGGUCGCAGGUCAGAUCAGCGCCGGAACGACAUACAUCGAGCUCGACGAUGUCAAGGUUCCGGUUGAAAACCUCGUUGGUGAGGAAGGGAUGGGCAUGAGGUAUAUCAUGACCAAUUUCAAUCAUGAACGCCUGAGUAUCGCCGUGGGAGUGACUCGAACCUCCCGCGUCGCGCUCUCCGCAGCCUUCGCAUACGUGAUGAAGCGUGAGGCGUUCGGCAAGACACUCAUCGAGCAACCGGUCGUCCGACAUAGACUAGCCAAAGCCGGCGCCGAGCUUGAAACGCUUCAAGCGUGGGUUGAACAAUUCCUGUACCAGAUGACCCAGCUGUCUAAGGACGAAGCCGACAUCAAGCUGGGAGGCCUGACCGCGCUGGCCAAGGCCAAGGCCGGUAUGGUGCUCAACGAGUGCGCUCAGACAGCGGUACUUCUCUUCGGUGGAAAUGGCUAUACCCGGACAGGACAAGGUGAGAUCGCAGAGCGAAUCGCCCGAGAGGUCGCAGGUGCUCGUAUCCCUGGUGGCAGUGAGGAUGUCAUGCUGGAUCUGGCAAUCAGACAACUUGUGAAGAACUACCGCAAUGCCACCAAGGCUCUGGAACGACCAAGGGGAAGUAGUAAGCUUUAA